GUCAAGUCUUCGCUCGCUCACAAUGAAUAAAGUGAACAAAAAGCAAAGAGCUGACUAAUUAGCAAACUCUCUCCUCUCCCUCUCUCUCUCUCUCUAGGGUUUUCGCUGUUCCCAUAAUCCCAAUUUAAACUUCAUCCCUGCAAUCAAGGAUCGAUUUUUUGGCUGUAUAAUUUCAAGGCUUUGCAAUUUUCAUGGAGGUUCCGGGAAUAGAAGAGACCAACAAAUCCGAUGCCCAUUUGACAUCAGCAGCAGCUUUUGUGGAGGGAGGAAUCCAGGAAGCCUGUGAUGAUGCUUGCAGUAUAUGCCUAGAGGCCUUCUGUGAAAAUGAUCCUUCUACGUUGACGGGUUGCAAGCAUGAAUUUCAUCUUCAGUGCAUUCUUGAGUGGUGUCAGCGAAGCUCCCAAUGUCCUAUGUGUUGGCAACCCAUCAGCUUGAAGGAUCCCACUGGCCAAGAACUGCUAGAGGCAGUAGUGCAAGAGAGAAGUAUUAGGUCUAAUCCACCUCGAAAUACCACAAUAUUUCAUCAUCCAACUCUUGGUGAUUUUGAAUUGCAGCAUUUACCUAUGGGUGUAAAUGAUGCUGAACUUGAAGAGCGUAUAAUUCAGCACUUAGCUGCUGCUGCUGCAAUGGGUCGUUCACGCCACAUUGCCAGAAGGGAAGGACAAAGAAAUAGGUCAUCAGCUCAAGGUCGCCCGCAAUACCUGGUCUUCUCUACCCAUCCUAACACACCUCCGGCUCCUGUUUCAUCUUCCCCUGAUCAGAUGGAAGAAGGUGAACCGGCUCCUUCAGUUGCAGUAACUUUCCCUUCGCCUCCUACAAAUAUAGGGGAAGAAUCGUCUCAAAUGGCCACUCCUGUACAUUCAUCACAAUCUGGUCCUAUGGCUGCCUCAGUGUCUGGAUCUAGUGUUUCUUCUCCAAAUCAACAAGGAUCUUCCAUGAGCAAUAGGAGGUCACCUAGCCAGUCAUCCCCAAGUACCCAAGAUAGAGCUGGCCCAUCAGACAUGCAAUCAUUUUCAGACUCUCUGAAAGCUCGAUUUAGUGCAGUAUCAACGAGAUACAAAGAGUCAAUAUCAAAAAGCACAAAAGGUUGGAAGGAGAGAUUGUUCUCUCGCAAUACUUCCAUGGCAGAUCUUGGUUCGGAAGUUAAAAGAGAGGUUAAUGCAGGGUUUGAAACUGUAUCACGCAUGAUGGAGCGUCUGGAAACAAAAGACAAUAACAGAGUUAAUGAUGCUUCUGUGUCAAAUAGUUUAGACAGUCCGGUUUCUGGAUCAGACAAUCGACAGAUAUCUGAAAGUGGUGGUGAAAUUUUUUUAAAUGACCACAAUAAACCAGCUGCUUGUGCUACAGGUUCUACUUCAAAUUAGGCAUUUUUCAGCAAUUGCAUUAACUCAAAGAAGUUCCUUAUAUAAGGUGGAAUCUCCCCUCUGAACUACCAGAGCCCUGUGGAUACGAUGCUUUUGCCAUCGUCUUCCAGUGGAGGAUAGUCUGUCUACGUUUGGAAAGAGCAUUGCUGAUUCAGAUAUGAUUCAGAAUAAAGAAACUAUAGAAUGUAUGCUCAACUUUUUAAACCUGAACACCAUUAUCCGCUUUUAAAUUGGUUAUCUUAUAACUUAUUUGUGAAUAUAUACUUCCGCCGCACAUGUUAGGUAUCUUUGAACCGUACAUACGUGUAGACAAUUAACUUUUAUAUGGAUAUACAGUAAUUUCCUACG